CGCGCCAAAGUCAGUCGGGUCGGGUGUCUCUACAUCCGCGCGCUCAUCGCUCGCCGUGCGUUUCGACCAGGCAUUCUCACAGAUGAUCGACUCUAGACUGCGUAUACGUGCCUUGAUUUUUUUUCGAUUAUCGAUGUAUGUGCUUUAAUGGCCGGCUGGUCUCACAAACGAAGAAGAGCUGCAUAAUAAAAAAAAGUCUCGUAUAAAUAGUCAGACUGUGAUAUUAUAUCAUUAUUGUAAACAGUAGUCGUGUCAGACGUCACUGGACAACUAAAUCACAUCUCCAAGUGAUGUAAUACUCGAGGAAUACAUAAAAUCGUACCAACUUUAAGUCGGCAUAUCGCAAAAGUUUCGAAUACAUAAACACUUGUGCAAAAACUCGAUAGCCGACUUGAGUUUUCGUGCAAUUUUAAUAACCAACAACGCGUGACGAUCUCCUAUCCAUCGAGCCUUACGUAUACUCGAGUCUCUUUGAGAAAAAAGAAAAAAAGAACCUACAUGUACCGGGAGUAGACGAGGCAGCAGCACUGACAACGCUGCGCGUGAACGAGCAAGAGAUAACUAUAAUCGGUUAUUUCCUACGGAGAGACGAAGAAAACGGUCAAAGUAUAGACGCAGCGCGCGGGUGGUGCGUAGAAAGUCUAUGACGAGGUCGUGCCAAUGAACAGAACCGUGCUUAUCAGAUAAGGGAGUCGAGCGCACAGCUGAAAGCAUGGCCAUAGCGAGGAUCAAGACUUUCUUGGAUUCGAGUUUAAAGACUGUUUCGGCGCCACUCGAGCGUACGGCAACGACCAUCGAGCCCGAAAUCGGCAUCAGAGUCAUUCAUUCGCCCAACGAAAAGUGCCUAAGGGUUACCAUUCUUGGUGCGAGGCAUUUGCCUAACAACUUUGGCUUCACUCGAGUCAAUAGUUACAUCGUCAAAGUGAAACUUUUCCCGGGUAAGGAAAAGUUCGAGACGACAACGCGAAACGAAUCAUGGCCACAGUGGAACGAGGAGUUCGUGUUCCCAUUGCGAAAAGAGACCAAAGUGAAGUUCGGCAAGACAAAAGUUACCGAGGAAGAGAUAAGCGGCUCGAAGUUCAUUAUCGCAACGCUUUAUGCGAUACUCGAAGACAAACCGCUAAUAGCUACUGACAAGAAGGAAAACGACAUAGAUAAAGACGAAUCGGCCGCAGGUAAAGACAAGAAGAAUGGCAAGAAGGGUGCGGACAACGAAAGCGGCGCAAUGAGCAAAGCAACGGAUCGGCAGCAGCAGUCGAGGGGCAGCUGCAAGCUACUAAAUCAAUUCUUUGGCAAAAGCUCGGAUAAGAUAGGCGAGACCAGUGUGCCAGAAAGGAAGGCAUUCGAGAAGAGACGAACGAUCGGCGCAACGACCAUUCCGCUCGAUCCGCGCAACUUCACGAGUAAACCGGCCAAAGCCAAGCAUCCGCAGGACGUGUCGACCGGCGACAUGUGGAGGAUCCUCAAGCCCAUCUCCAGCGGCAUUUCCGGAGCUGAAGAGCGGCGAGAAAACAAAAAAGGCCAAGUAGAAAUAUCCCUAUUGCAAGAGAAAACCGACAAAAAGGACAUGAGCAACGGGCGACUGGUGCUAAGUCUCACACGGCUACGUUGCUCGUUACAAUCGAUGCACGAGCAUGAGGCACUGAAAGGUCAGAUGUAUAUAAAAAUGUCAGUGGUUGACAACGGCCGUAUGACGCAUUUUUGGAAGAGCGAACGAUUCACGCCCUGCGUCUCGAUGAAGUUCGAUCCAGAGAUCGCCCAGAUUGCUGCUGAAAAUCCUUACGAGGGGGCUUUGAAGGACGUCAGUUUUGUCAUUAAGUUUGUCUCGAAAAACAAGAUUGGAAAAAAAAUUACUGUCGGUCACUUUGUCAUUGGACCAGAAGUUGGCGGUACUUACAGUGAGCAGUGGAAACAAGCAAUGGCGAAGCCAGGACAAUCAAUCAUUAAAUGGCAACACUUUGAAUAAAGAAUAUUCGGAACAAGCUAUCGUAGUCUUGCGGGAAAUGUGGACUACAAAUAUUUUUAUAACGCUCGCGAUCGAAAAACCAAAACUCAUGGCUUUCAUCUGCGAUUCAGAGUUGAAUGCAACCGUCCAUUAUUAUAAGCACUGUAUGUAUAUUUAAUUUAAUUGUUAAAUCGUUAUUAUCACUACAUUGAACAAUAGCAGAAGUUUUACAUGAAAAUUAACAAAUUAAAAUAAAAUGUACAAAUGUAAAAAUUAAGUCUCAAGUAUUUAAAUCAGAAGUGGUUUAUAUUGUAAUAUCUAUAAGAUUUUUGUAUGGAAUACUAUAUUAUCAAAUGUACUAACAAGUAUAUCACGUUAGCACUCAUUUUUGAAAGGUAUUGUUUUAACGUAAGUUUUUGUCGAGGUUUUUUAAUGUUUUUACUAUUAUGUAAGCACUUUUAUUUAUUGCAAUUAUUAUAUGAUAACAAAAUAA